AGAACAUGGAAAAUAUAUGUUUAGGGUGCUUUUUCAAACCCAAUGUUCACGCAUGGUAUCCACUGGUCAAUGGAAGUGCCCCCCCCCGGAUAAAAAGUUAGCUGAAUAACAAAAGUAACAUGCCCGGAAAAAAAUUGGAUUUUAUCUUGGCACAGAUUUUAAAUAGCACUAUCUGUAUAUGUCGAUUAGGAAACAGUUUUUCUCGGGGAUUCCCCGUGACGUGUUGCAGGAAGUGUCUGUCAACAUCGGCCAUUUUGGUAAUUGGCCGCGUACUCUACAAACUCUUCUUCGUCAUCUAUUCCGAACUUUGACAGUUCAUUGGUGGUCAUUGCUAUCAUCAUCAUGGAGACAUCCACUAUUAAAAUGCUGAGAUGUUGAUCAAGUGUUCAGAAUCAGUCGUUAAACAACAAGAUCUACUGGCAUGUCUGGAUUAAUCGAGUUCUGAAUUGGACUUGUGUUCACAUCAGAUCACGUUGUUGGCCAAUUAGGCUGUAUAUAUUGAAUUGAAUUGACGACCAGCAUGGCAUGCUGACUGGGAAGAAUGAUCAGAUAAUACUCUACAGCUGCAGGCCAUGCAGACUUUGUGUGGGUAGACCUACAUGUAUUGAAUGAGAAUGGAAAUGGAAAAGAAUAAUAGAAGUUCUGUCACCGAAGAAGAAUUUUUGAGAUUGGCCCAGCUCAUCCCACCGAGGUACUAUUCAGAUUUAGGGAUACAUUUGGGAAUCUCAUCUGCUGAACUUGAUCAUAUCAUUGUCCAACAUUCAUUGGAUUACAAGGAUGCAUUGAUGACAAUGUUCACACGGUGGAGAGAUGGACAGCAUCCAGAUGAAGACAUCAGAGCUCUUCUUGCAGAAGGAUUAGAAAAGAGUGACUUAGGGGGAUUGUCCAAAGAACUUCUAGCUGGGAAUCUAAUCCAGAAAACAACAGAUGUCAGACAAACAACCGCAACAACUUCAAGAGCAUCAACUUCAACAGGAGCAGCAGACAUGUCAGUACCACCACAUACCGUCAGUGAGGAAGAACUUUUGAUGUUGUCAAUGGAAAUUGGAUCUACUUACUACAAGAGGGUUGGCGUUAAACUGAAUAUCUCGUUUGUGACUCUUGAUAAAAUAAAGAAAGACACACAAGAUACUACUGAUGCUUUGAUGACAGUAUUCACAAGAUGGAGGGAUAAACAGCUUCCAGACACAAACAUCAGGGCUCAUCUUGCAGAGGCUUUACAAAAGAGUGGUCUAGUGUGUCUGUCUCAGAAACUGAUUACUGGAAAUCUAUUGACAGAGUCGACAGGUACACCUGUGACAAUUCCAGUAUCAGAGACCAAACCACUUACCCCUGACCUGAUCAAGAGAUGUAAAGAUGAGCUCCAAGACAAGUACAGGACUGAUUUCUGUAUGAUAAGAGCUGAUCCACUAGAUCCUGAUUCUGUUGUGCCAUUCGAAGAUAUAUACACAAGCCUUUUCUUGGAAGAAGAAAAACGAAGUAAAAGGAGUCAACUUGAGUACAAGGAUCUCUUUAAUCUCAGAAUCAAUGGAGUGUUCCCCAAACGGAUAAUGAUCCAAGGAGAGGCAGGGGCUGGAAAGACCACAUUCUUGGCUAAGAUUGCAUGGGACUGGAUAAACGAUAGUCCAGAUCUGUCAAAGUUUGUGUGGGUACUCAUUAUCCCUCUGCGUGAAGCCAAGCGAUACACAAUUGGUCAGAUUGUUAAGUCAUAUCUCUCAAAGGACAACCCAGCAACAGCCUGUCAGAUCACAGAGUACAUCCGUUCAAAUCCAGAAAAGGUAUUCAUUGCCUGUGAUGGAUUAGAUGAGUUUAGUGGCAAGGUUGUACAGCAUACUGAAAGCAAGCAAGGUUCAGAAGGUGCUCAGUCAGAGUUCAAAGUUGGAUCAGAAACAAGUCCAGCAAGUAUAUCUAUGCACACAAGAACUAACACCGAACUAAAUGUACGUUCUUUGGAGAGAGGUGAUAUCACAGUUGAAGAUAUUCUUGGCUCAGAUGAACUUCGUACUUGCCCUGUAAUGGUGACAAGCCGUCCAUGGAAGGCCACUGAAAUAAGAUGGAAUGAGAGUUUAAGAAGACUAUACACCUUCAUCCACGUGGAAGGCUUUAGCAGGGAGAAUGCAAUGGUUUACAUUCGCAAUUACUUCAAAGACACUGAGGCUACAGCAGAUGAAUUCAUCCAAUUGUUUGAAAGCAAUGAUAUCAUGUCAGAGAAUAUGGCACCAUAUCCUAUCUACAUAUCUAUACUUUGUCACAUGUGGAGAGAACUUGAUGACAACAAGAAAGAAGAGUUGAAGUCUUUUCAAACAUUCUCUGAAAUAUUCCGUGAAGUGUUUGAAUUCCUUAAGGUGCGUUAUGUCCAGAAAGAGAUCCCAGAUUUAAGAAGCACAUUAUUCAAUACCUAUCGCUCUGAAAUUGAAAAACUCAUGGAACCUGUUGCCAAAUUGGCAUUUACUGGUCUGCAAUCUAACAACCUUAUUUUCAAUGAGGAAGAUCUUGAACAGUUCUCAGACUCUGUGGAAACAGCAUGCAAAGUAGGGGUGUUGUCACAGGAGAAUAAGCUCUCAUCCAUUCAUGAUAAGAGCAGUCCGUACCUGCAGUCAACAUUCUUCUUUCCACAUAAACUAUUCCAGGAGUACAUGGCUGCAGUCUAUCUUGCUUCUCUCUAUGAUUUAGAUCGCACUGAAUUUAACAGGCUGAUUGAGGAAGUAGUGAUCCCUAGGAAGGAAGAGUUUAGGUAUCUUCUGUACUUCACUGUGUCACAGGACAAAAACAUUGCCAAGUAUAUCACCACGUGUCUGCUACAACAGUACACACAAAGCCAAGAUGAGGAGGAGAUGGAUUUCUUGGUUGAUGUAACCUUUGAGAGUCGGGAUGAAGAUACCAACGCCAUGCUCAGGAAUUCAGUAUCAUCUCUGUCCAUCAGUGUUGAAGACGCACACACUAUAGCUGGUUAUGCAUCCACUGGGAUAUAUUCAAAGGCGGUAAGUUGGAUACAAAGGAAAAGUACCCUGAGUUCAUGCAUGUUUCUAUUUUUUCAUUACAGUAGCACACCUUCAGGAGUAUAGCUGAAACUCAUCAGAAAAAUCUUAUUAGUCUUGAAAUUGACUUAUACAUAAAAAAAAAAAAAAAAAGCUGAACCAUUCAAACAUCCAUCUUUCAGUUUGUUUUUCAUUUACUGAGUAAAAUAUCAGUAGUACAUACAUGUAUGAAGAUAUUGGAAUCUUGAAUUGAACUGAAAUAUUGUCCAUCUUAGCAUGUUAUAUUAUUAUUAUACCGGGUGAGUUCAAUAAAAACUUAACAUCUCGAAUCCCCAAUUUAC